AGUAACCGUUGCCCUGGACCACAAAGCCACUUAGCGGCAGAGCCUCGCACCCGCGAAGAUUACUAGGGAGAUGUUUUUACCCCUGAGGACACCUGAGCCCUUAAGUGGGGCAGGCUUCGAGGGAGGGGGGCCGAUAAGGCGACUUCAGACAGAGCAAUCAUGAUGGGCGCUUGAGUUCUGCGCAGAAUUUUGACAAGGGGGAGGGUCUUGGCUUGAAGACAGAGCGAGGAGUAAUUUAAGGAUAAUGGAAGGGCAUAAGCGGAAGCUCAAGGAUAAAAAGCACUGAAAUUCUUGAGCUGGCGGCAGGGCUGAACGUAGCUCAGUGAAAGAUCCUUUCUUGCCACAUCCUCUCUAAGCCAGGCUGUGAGGACCGCGGGAAACGAAGGAGAAGGGUGGCGGUGGGUUCAGUAAAGGGCCGGCCCAAGGUGCAUCUUUUAGGUCCUGAUGCUAGGAGCAGCCGUCCCCGCCCCUAUAUUCCUCUCACUGGGUAGGUUUGCUCGGGAGUGGCUACCUCCCAGGCAAAAAUUCGGCCUGGUUAAACUGGAAAGACCAGGAAAGCCCGCCCACCGGCGUCCGGAGAACGCCUGCGAAGUGCCAGCACCCUACCAACCAAGUCGCCGCACGGGUGGGGUCAGGGCCGCGGGCUCUUCCGGGGCGGGCCUCGCCUGGCGCAGGAGGAGGGGCGGCCCCCGUCGCACACGAACCAAUCACAACUGACGCUUCUACGUGGCUAGCAUUGACCAAUAGGAGACCGUAGUGAUAGCGACGGGGAAAUUCAAACGUGUUUGCGGAAAGGAGUUUGGGUUCCAUCUUUUCAUUUCCCCAGCGCAGCUUUCUGAAGAAAUGGAGUCUGAGGAUUUAAGUGGCAGAGAAUUGACAAUUGAUUCCAUAAUGAACAAAGUGAGAGACAUUAAAAAUAAGUUUAAAAAUGAAGACCUUACUGAUGAACUAAGCUUGAAUAAAAUUUCUGCUGAUACUACAGAUAACUCGGGAACUGUUAACCAAAUUAUGAUGAUGGCAAACAACCCAGAGGACUGGUUGAGUUUGUUGCUCAAACUGGAGAAAAACAGUGUUCCGCUAAGUGAUGCUCUUUUAAAUAAAUUGAUUGGUCGUUACAGUCAAGCAAUUGAAGCGCUUCCCCCAGAUAAAUAUGGCCAAAAUGAGAGUUUUGCUAGAAUUCAAGUGAGAUUUGCUGAAUUAAAAGCUAUUCAAGAGCCAGAUGAUGCACGUGACUACUUUCAAAUGGCCAGAGCAAACUGCAAGAAAUUUGCUUUUGUUCAUAUCUCUUUUGCACAAUUUGAACUGUCACAAGGUAAUGUCAAAAAAAGUAAACAACUUCUUCAAAAAGCUGUAGAACGUGGAGCAGUACCACUAGAAAUGCUGGAAAUUGCCCUACGGAAUUUAAACCUCCAAAAAAAGCAGCUGCUUUCAGAGGAGGAAAAGAAGAAUUUAUCAGCAUCUACGGUAUUAACUGCCCAAGAAUCAUUUUCCAGUUCACUUGGGCAUUUACAGAAUAGGAACAACAGUUGUGAUUCCAGAGGACAGACUACUAAAGCCAGGUUUUUAUAUGGAGAGAACAUGCCACCACAAGAUGCAGAAAUAGGUUAUCGGAAUUCAUUGAGACAAACUAACAAAACUAAACAGUCAUGCCCAUUUGGAAGAGUCCCAGUUAACCUUCUAAGUAGCCCAGAUUGUGAUGUGAAGACAGAUGAUUCAGUUGUACCUUGUUUUAUAAAAAGACAAACCUCUAGAUCAGAAUGCCGAGAUUUGGUGCCCGGAUCUAAACCAAGUGGAAAUGAUUCCUGUGAAUUGAGAAAUUUAAAGUCCGUUCAGAAUAGCCAUUUCAAGGAACCUCUGGUGUCAGAUGAAAAGAGUUCUGAACUUAUUAUUACUGAUUCAAUAACCCUGAAGAAUAAAACUGAAUCAAGUCUUCUAGCUAAAUUAGAAGAAACUAAAGAGUAUCAAGAACCAGAGGUUCCAGAGAGUAACCAGAAACAGUGGCAAUCUAAGAGAAAGUCAGAGUGUAUUAACCAGAAUCCUGCUGCAUCUUCAAAUCACUGGCAGAUUCCAGAGUUAGCCCGAAAAGUUAAUACAGAGCAGAAACAUACCACUUUUGAGCAACCUGUCUUUUCAGUUUCAAAACAGUCACCACCAAUAUCAGCAUCUAAAUGGUUUGACCCAAAAUCUAUUUGUAAGACACCAAGCAGCAAUACCUUGGAUGAUUACAUGAGCUGUUUUAGAACUCCAGUUGUAAAGAAUGACUUUCCACCUGCUUGUCAGUUGUCAACACCUUAUGGCCAACCUGCCUGUUUCCAGCAGCAACAGCAGCAAAUACUUGCUACUCCACUUCAAAAUUUACAGGUUUUAGCAUCCUCUUCAGCAAAUGAAUGCAUUUCGGUUAAAGGAAGAAUUUAUUCCAUAUUAAAGCAGAUAGGAAGUGGAGGUUCAAGCAAGGUAUUUCAGGUGUUGAAUGAAAAGAAACAGAUAUAUGCUAUAAAAUAUGUGAACUUAGAAGAAGCAGAUAACCAAACUCUUGAUAGUUACCGGAACGAAAUAGCUUAUUUGAAUAAACUACAGCAACACAGUGAUAAGAUCAUCCGACUUUAUGAUUAUGAAAUCACGGACCAGUACAUCUACAUGGUAAUGGAGUGUGGAAAUAUUGAUCUUAAUAGUUGGCUUAAAAAGAAAAAAUCCAUUGAUCCAUGGGAACGCAAGAGUUACUGGAAAAAUAUGUUAGAGGCGGUUCACACAAUCCAUCAACAUGGCAUUGUUCACAGUGAUCUUAAACCAGCUAACUUUCUGAUAGUUGAUGGAAUGCUAAAGCUAAUUGAUUUUGGGAUUGCAAACCAAAUGCAACCAGAUACAACAAGUAUUGUUAAAGAUUCUCAGGUUGGCACAGUUAAUUAUAUGCCACCAGAAGCAAUCAAAGAUAUGUCUUCCUCCAGAGAGAAUGGGAAAUCUAAAUCAAAGAUAAGCCCCAAAAGUGAUGUUUGGUCCUUAGGAUGUAUUUUGUACUAUAUGACUUACGGGAAAACACCAUUUCAGCAGAUAAUUAAUCAGAUUUCUAAAUUGCAUGCCAUAAUUGAUCCUAAUCAUGAAAUUGAAUUUCCCGAUAUUCCAGAGAAAGAUCUUCAAGAUGUGUUAAAGUGUUGUUUAAAAAGGGACCCAAAACAGAGGAUAUCCAUUCCUGAGCUCCUGGCUCAUCCAUAUGUUCAAAUUCAAACUCAUCCAGGUAACCAAAUGGCCAAGGGAACCACUGAAGAAAUGAAAUAUGUUCUGGGCCAACUUGUUGGUCUGAAUUCUCCUAACUCCAUUUUGAAAGCUGCUAAAACUUUAUAUGAACACUAUAGUGGUGGUGAAAGUCAUAAUUCAUCAUCCAAGACUUUUGAAAAAAAAAGGGAAAAAAAAUGAUUUGCAGUUACUCAUAAUGUCAAAUACCACCUAUAAAAUAUAUUGGACUGUUAUACUCUUGAAUCCCUGUGGAAAUCUACAUUUGAAGACAACAUCACUCUGAAGUGUUAUCAACAAAAAAAAUUCAGUAGAUUAUCUUUAAAAGAAAACUGUAAAAAUAGCAACCACUUGUGGCACUGUAUAUAUUGUAGACUCGUUUUCUCUGUUUUAUGCUCUUGUGUAAUCUACUUGACAUCAUUUCACUCUUGGAAUAGUGGGUGGAUAGCAAAUAUAUUCUAAAAAACUUUGUAAAUAAAGUUUUGUGGCAUAAAAUGACACUAACAUUUCAAAGUUGUAAGGUGGUUUUCUUUAAGCAAAUGUAUUGUUGGCAUGACAGCAGAAUUCUUAAUUAGUUAAAAGUAGAUUAGGGAAGAUGUGAGACUAGACCUUAGUAAAUGAACUUUGAAAAACAAAUCCUGAAGGGUUUGAAUUCCAAAAUAGACUUCCUAAUUAUUUCUGGCACCGAUAACAGUCUAUAAUUUUAGGACUGAACUUGGCUCUUUCAGAUAUUCUUCAUGACGUCUGUUGUUUUUGAUAUUUAGAAUAUCAUGCUGGAUUCUGUGUUGUAAGCUGUAUAGGGCAUGCCCUCACUCUAUGACUUGCUAGGUAACGGAUAAUUGUAAAUGUGGCCCCAGAGUCUCUUGACUGAAUCUGAUAGCUUAAAGUAUCCUCACAUAGCAUCCUUUUCUCAAUUUUUAAAGAUUUUAAGAGAUUUUAUUUUUUAUAGCAGUUUUAAGUUCACAGCAAAAUUGACCAGAAUGUACAGAGUUCCCAUGUAUCCUCUCCCCACCCCACGCCCACACAUGUAUAACUUCCCUUGCUAUCAGCAUCCACCAUAUCAACAUUCCACACCACAGUGGUACAUUUAUCACAGUCUGUAAACCUACCUUAACAUAUUAUCACCCAAAGUCCAUAGUUUAUAUUGGGGUUCACUCUUGGUAUUGUAUUUUCUUUAGGUUUUGACAAAUAUAUAAUGACAUUUAUCUACCAUUGUAACAUGAUACAGAAUAGUUUCAUUGUCUUGAAAGUCCUCUGUUCUUUGUCCCUUCAUCCUUCCCUCUACCCUAAUGCCUGGGAACCACUGAUCUUUUUACUAUCUCUGUAGUUUUACUUUUCCAGAAUGUGACUGUCAUGUAAGUGGAAUCAUACAGUCUAUAGCCUCUUCAGAUUGGCUUCUUUCACUUAGUAACAUGUCUUUUUAUGGCUUGCUAGCCUAUUUCUUUUUAUCACUAGUUAAUAUUCUAUUGUCUGGAUGUUCCAUAGUUUAUCUCUUUAUCUGCUGAAAGAUACCGUGGUUGCUUCCAAAUUUGGGGAAUUGUGAAUAAAGUUGCUAUGUGCAA